UCUUAGGCCCCCUCUGCCUCAUGAUAUCUCUCUCCUGUUGUUGCCAAGGCCAUCUCUCUCUCUCAAUCAAUCCAAUUAAGCUUUCUAAAAUUCCUUUAUAGCAAUGUUAUAAUUCAUCAUCUCUGAUGCACACAAAAACAACCACCAAAACCCAGAAACAUCUGAAAAUGUCAUCCCUCUGUAUCUUCGCCUUGGCGAUGCUCCAUGUUGUGACUCACACAUCCUCUGCUCGUUCAAUGAUGCGAACACCAGAAAUGGCCGAGUGGAAUACAACUCGGAGGCAGCUCGGGACGGGCUCGUGCCGAACAGGGAAUCCUACUGACGAUUGUUGGAGGUGCGACCCCGACUGGGAAUCAAACCGAAAGGACCUGGCUGACUGCGCCAUCGGGUUCGGCCGCAAUGCCGUGGGCGGACGAGAUGGGAAAAUCUACGUUGUGACCAAAUCCUCCGACGAUCCGGUGAACCCACCGCCAGGCACCCUGAGGUACGGCGUGAUUCAGGAUGAGCCCCUGUGGAUCAUCUUCGAUCACGAUAUGGUCAUCAAUCUCGAGCAAGAGCUCGUGAUGAACUCAUACAAGACCAUAGACGGCAGGGGACAAAACAUCCAGAUAUCGAACGGCCCGUGCAUAACCAUCCAAAAUGUGAGCAACAUUAUCAUACAUAACAUCUACAUUCACGAUUGCCUGCCUGCGGGGAAUGCUCUAGUGAGGAACUCCCCGCAGCUCGUCGGAAUGAGAGGCAAAUCGGACGGCGACGGCAUAUCCAUAUACGCAUCCCAUGACAUAUGGAUCGACCAUUGUACCUUGGCUAGCUGUAGUGAUGGGCUGAUAGAUGCGGUCAUCGGCUCGACAGCGAUGACCAUCUCGAACAACUACAUGUUGCAUCACAACGAAGUGAUGCUAAUGGGUCAUAGUGAUGACUAUGUUGAUGACAAAAACAUGCAAGUCACCAUUGCCUUCAAUUUUUUCGGUGAAGGCCUGGUUCAAAGAAUGCCAAGGUGCAGGCAUGGAUACUUUCACAUUGUGAACAAUGUGUACGCAGGUUGGGAGAUGUAUGCAAUCGGAGGAAGUGCUAAUCCGACCAUCAACAGCCAAGGAAAUGUCUUCAUCGCAUCAAAUAGUGACCGCACCAAAGAGGUGACCAAGCGGGAAAAUACAGCUGGAAAUUCAGAGUGGAAGAACUGGAAUUGGAGAUCAGACAGAGAUCUGAUGUUAAAUGGUGCCUUCUUUACACCUUCCGGGGAAAAUUCCGCUUCAAGUUACUUGAAGGCAUCGAGCAUGGUGGCGCGCCCAGCUUCACUGCUGACUACUAAGGAUCCAAGUGCCGGUGCUCUGAAUUGUCAGAUUGGUGAGCAAUGCUGAAAAACAUCCUGGAAGCAAAAUAUCGAGCUUCAUUUGUCAAAACUUAUUUAUUAAAAUAAUGUAAUGUCUGUACUUGAACGGAAAUAUCGCUGCUUUUGGACUUCCAAACGUUCUGAUCUGCGAUCAAGAAUUGAGUUACACCAGAAACACUUGCUGAAGCAUUGACAACUAGGACAUGCUGGGUUAAAAUUACGACCAUGAAUUUGAACCAAGGCCGUUUCCGAAUCUGGGGUAGCUUUUUCUCUAUCUAUCCAAUGACAGCCAAC